AUGCCCCUCCUCUCUCCCUCCGGCAACCAGUUCUCCCUGCACAAACUCGUCGCCAUGUCCACCAUCAUGUCGCCCACCCACCGAAGCCACUUCCGCUCUCUGGUCCAAGCUGGAGGGGGCGAGUCGAGGUCCGAAGUCCCGGCACAUCAGCUAUACCUAUCUCACGGCAUACAGGCACAUCUGGGUCGGGAAUACGAUUCUCUGCGCGGCACAGAGCCUACGCUCGCGAGAGCCAAGUUUGAGGCAUGGCUGGCGGCGGUACAGGGGGAGACGACAAUCGCGCUGGAUGCGGAGAAUUACAAGUUCGAGCAGUUCCUGGAAACCGUAUACUACCAUCGCGGGUUCGAAGCGAUCAAGGAAGUCAAUGGCGCCGAGAAGGACUUGACGAAGCCCCUCAGUAAUUACUUCAUAAGUAGCAGUCACAACACAUAUCUGUCGGGGAACCAGCUUAUGUCGAAGAGUACCACUGAUGCCUACAAGAAUGUGCUCAUUCGUGGAUGCCGUUGCAUAGAAAUAGAUGUCCAUAAUGGAGAAGCCCCCGACAGUAAAUCCAGCGAGAACCUGUCGCUAACAUCCUCGAACUCCCUCCAAUCUCCUCCCAACAGCGCCGAGCAAAAACACCAGAGACACGCUUCCGGCAGUACCCUGUCAAGUCGAGCCGCUGCUGCGCUUUUGAAGGCUGACGAGAAGUACGAGGCUGCAAAGAAGAAAUUGGCAGAAAAAACUGGUAUCGGACGGGACCAUGCUACACAGGAUGAGCGAGGGCGCAAGAUCACGUCGAGCUCCCUAGAGGUUGGGGACGCGCUUUCGAGGGCGAGCUCGGUGCGAUCUACGAAAGAUGGUGAACCGCUAGUCCUCCACGGGUGGACACUCACAGCCCCUAUCGGAUUCAGGGCAGUCUGUAAGUCGAUCCGGGAAGCAGCUUUUGUGACGAGCAAGCUUCCUUUGAUUGUGAGCUUGGAGGUGCACGCAGAUCUUGAUCAGCAGGAGAUUAUGGUGGAUAUCAUGAAGGAGGAAUGGAAUGGGUUGCUGGUCGAUGUACCACACGAAGGGUGCGAUCCCGAGGAACGGCUGCCCAGACUCGAGGAAUUGAUGGGGAAGAUCCUGGUUAAGGUCAAGAAAGCAGUGGCAGAUAAGCAGGAGCCGUUUCCAGCCGGCACACUCGCCCCAGUGCCAUCGAAAACCGAUUCCGACUCGAUAUCGGGCUCUGAGGACGAGCGAGCCAACGCGAAGAAGAAGGUCAAGAUCUGUGAAAAUCUCAGCAAUCUGGGAAUCUACACUCACAGUGAGCACUUCGUCGGUUUCGAAACGAAGUCCGCAACGCGGCCGUCGCACAUCUACUCCAUCGGAGAAAGUCAGAUCCAAGAUCUGCACGAAACAAGACAACAAGAGAUGUUCACGCACAACCGCAACUUCUUUAUGCGUGCCUACCCAGGCGGUUUCCGCAUCGACUCCUCCAAUGUCGACCCCUCGGAGUUAUGGCGCAAGGGCGUGCAAAUGGUCGCCCUGAACUGGCAAAACCUCGAUGAGGGCAUGAUGCUCAACGAAGGCAUGUUCGCUGGUGAGCACGGCUGGGUGUUGAAACCGCCUGGCUAUCGCAACGAUGCCACCGAACCCAUCGAAUAUAAAUCUUUGGAUUUGACAAUCACCGUGCUGGCUGGCCAGCACAUCCCCAUCCCAGAAGACCAGAGUGAAAAGAACUUCCACCCGUAUGUGAAGUGCGAGCUGCACGUCGAGAAGGAUCAGGGGGGCUCUGAGCCUCUGCCCUCCGAAGACAGGAAGCGCAAGACGGGGUACCAGAAGGGUGACCAUCCGGAUUUCGGAGAGGGAGGGUGUGUGCUGCAGUUCCCCACUAUCCGGAAGGUAGUGGAGGAGCUGAGCUUCGUCAGGUUCAAAAUCGAGGACGCCCGCUAUGGGCGCGAUGACCUAGCGGCUUGGGCCUGCAUCCGCCUCGAUCGGCUGCAGCAGGGGUACCGCUUCGUGUACCUACUUGAUGCCAAGGGGCAGGCGACGCCGGGGCUGCUAUUGCUGAAGAUCGAGAAGAGGGUUGUGCCUUGUGAGAUGGGCAAGGGGGAAGUGGUGGAGAAAGGGAACAUGAAGGCGGUCGAGAGGCUCGAGGCCAAGCUAGAGGCGAAUUUGGAGCGGCUGGAAGGGAAGCAGGACCUCAAUGUCGUGCCGGGGGUCGUGGGGAGAGCAGAGGUCGAGCCAGAGGUCCAAGCGAAAACGGAAGUAAAGCCUGAACCAAAUGUGGAUGCAACAGCCUCAACAAUUUUUGAUGCCAAGCCUGCAACAGCUGCGAAAGCAGCGCCAGAAGCCACAGACAGGGUAGAUGCCAUUCCGGAGGCUGUAUCAGAGGGCGACAAGACGAAGAAUUUAGUAUCUGGCGCGGGGCCAGUAGAGCCCAUACGGGAGGCCUCACCGGCCGCGGCCAAGGUGGAAGAAGAAGCAAAGUCGGAAUCCAAGCCAGUGGUCGAACCCCCUCCGGCUGCUACCGAGACGGAGACGAAGGUGGAAGCUUCGCUAGAGACGAAAUUGGAAGAAGGAAAGCGAGAAAAGGGUGGAGUUUAG